AUGGAGCAGCAAGAAAAUCAACUGGACAGAGAAAUGUUCUGCUGUUCGAUCUGUCUGGAUCUACUGAAGGAUCCGGUGACUACUGUCUGUGGACACAGCUACUGUCUGAGCUGUAUUAACACCCACUGGGACAAAGAGGAGGAGAGAGGAAGCUACAGCUGCCCUCAGUGUAGAGAGACCUUCACACCGAGGCCUGUCCUGGGGAAAAACACCAUGUUAGCUGGUUUAGUGGAGGUGCUGAAGAAGACUGGACUCCAAGCUGCUCCUGCUGAUCACUGCUAUGCUGGACCUGAAGAUGUGGCCUGUGAUGUCUGCACUGGGAGAAAACUGAAAGCUCUCAAGUCCUGUUUGGUUUGUUUGGCCUCUUAUUGUGAAAAACACCUCCAGCCUCAUCUUCAGUCAGCUCCAUUUAAGAAGCACAAGCUGGUGGAGCCCUCGGAGAAGCUCCAGGAGAACAUCUGCUCUCGUCACGAUGAGGUGAUGAAGAUGUUCUGCCGCACUGAUCAGCAGUGUAUCUGUUAUCUCUGCUCUGUGGAGGAACAUAAAGACCACGACACAGUGUCAGCUGCAGCAGAAAGGACUGAGAGGCAGAGAGAGCUCGGGCUGAGGAGACAAACAAUCCAGCAGAGAGUCCAGGACACAGAGAAAGAUGUGAAGCUGCUUCAACAGGAGGAGGAGGCCGUCAAUGGCUCUGCUGAUAAAGCAGUGGAGGACAGUGAGAAGAUCUUCACUGAGCUGAUCCGUCUGCUGGAGAAAAGAAGCUCUGAUGUGAAGCAGCAGAUCAGAUCCCAGCAGGAAACUGAAGUGAGUCGAGUCAGAGAGCUUCAGGAGAGACUGGAGCAGGAGAUCACUGAGCUGAAGAGGAAAGACCAUGAACUGAAGCAGCUCUCAGACACAGAGGAUCACAACCAGUUUCUACACAACUACCCCUCACUGUCACCACUCAGUGGAUCUACACACUCAUCCAGCAUCAGGAUCCGUCCUCUGAGGUUCUUUGAGGACGUGACAGCAGCUGUGUCCCAGGUCAGAGGUCGACUACAGGACAUUCUGAGUGAGACAGAGACAGAGAUUUUACAGAUUGUGUCUCAAGUGGAUGUUUUACUGCCACAACCAGAGCCAGAGACCAGAGCUGACUUCUUAAGAUAUUCACAGGAAAUCACACUGGAUCCAAACACAGUAAACAAACGUCUGUUAUUAUCUGAGGGAAACAGAAAAGUAACAAAUAUGGGUAAAGAUCAGUCUUAUUCUAAUCACCCAGACAGAUUCACUGUUAGGCAUCAGGUCCUGAGUAGAGAGAGUCUGACUGGACGUUGUUACUGGGAGGUGGAGGUGGAGGUGAGAGGAGGAGUUGAUGUAGCAGUCACAUACAAGAAUAUCAGCGGAGCAGGAGGCUCACAUGAAUGUGAAUUUGGAUCAAAUGAUAAAUCUUGGUCAUUAUAUUGUUGUAAAAACAGUUAUCACUUUUAUUACAACAGCAUCAGGACUCCACUGUCAGGUCCUGUGCCCUCCAGAGUAGGAGUGUACCUGGAUCACAGUGCAGGUGUUCUGUCCUUCUACAGCGUCUCUGACACCAUGACUCUCCUCCACAGAGUCCAGACCACAUUCACUCAGCCUCUCUAUGCUGGAGUUAAUGUUUAUCAUGGAGACACAGCUGAGUUCUGUAUGGAGCAGCAAGAAAAUCAACUGGACAGAGAAAUGUUCUGCUGUUCGAUCUGUCUGGAUCUACUGAAGGAUCCGGUGACUACUGGCUGUGGACACAGCUACUGUAAGAGCUGUAUUAACACCCACUGGGACAAAGAGGAGGAGAGAGGAAGCUACAGCUGCCCUCAGUGUAGACAGACCUUCACACCGAGGCCUGUCCUGGUGAAAAACACCAUGUUAGCUGGUUUAGUGGAGGUGCUGAAGAAGACUGGACUCCAAGCUGCUCCUGCUGAUCACUGCUAUGCUGGACCUGAAGAUGUGGCCUGUGAUGUCUGCACUGGGAGAAAACUGAAAGCUCUCAAGUCCUGUUUGAAUUGUUUUGCCUCUUAUUGUGAAAAACACCUCCAGCCUCAUCUUCAGUCAGCUCCAUUGAAGAAGCACAAGCUGGUGGAGCCCUCGGAGAAGCUCCAGGAGAACAUCUGCUCUCGUCACGAUGAGGUAAUGAAGAUGUUCUGCCGCACUGAUCAGCAGUGUAUCUGUUAUCUCUGCCCUGUGGAUGAACAUAAAGACCACGACACAGUGUCAGCUGCAGCAGAAAGGACUGAGAGGCAGAGAGAGCUCGGGCUGAGGAGACAAACAAUCCAGCAGAGAGUCCAGGACACAGAGAAAGAUGUGAAGCUGCUUCAACAGGAGGAGGAGGCCGUCAAUGGCUCUGCUGAUAAAGCAGUGAAGGACAGUGAGAAGAUCUUCACUGAGCUGAUCCGUCUGCUGGAGAAAAGAAGCUCUGAUGUGAAGCAGCAGAUCAGAUCCCAGCAGGAAACUGAAGUGAGUCGAGUCAGAGAGCUUCAGGAGAGACUGGAGCAGGAGAUCACUGAGCUGAAGAGGAAAGACCAUGAACUGAAGCAGCUCUCAGACACAGAGGAUCACACCCAGUUUCUACACAACUACCCCUCACUGUCACCACUCAGUGAAUCUACACACUCAUCCAGCAUCAGGAUCCGUCCUCUGAGGUACUUUGAGGACGUGACAGCAGCUGUGUCCCAGGUCAGAGGUCGACUACAGGACAUUCUGAGUGAGACAGAGACAGAGAUUUUACAGAUUGUGUCUCAAGUGGAUGUUUUACUGCCACAACCAGAGCCAGAGACCAGAGCUGACUUCUUAAGAUAUUCACAGAAAAUCACACUGGAUCCAAACACAGCAAACAGACGUCUGUUAUUAUCUGAGGGAAACAGAAAAGUAACACGUAUGAGUAAAGAACAGUCUUAUUCUAAUCACCCAGACAGAUUCACUGUUAGGCGUCAGGUCCUGAGUAGAGAGAGUCUGACUGGACGUUGUUACUGGGAGGUAGGGGUGAGAGGAGUAGUUGGUGUAGCAGUCACAUACAAGAACAUCAGCAGAGCAGGUAACUCAGAUGAAUGUGAAUUUGGAUUAAAUGAUAAAUCUUGGUCAUUAUAUUGUAAUGUAAACAGUUAUCACUUUUAUUACAACAGCAUCAGGACUCCACUGUCAGGUCCUGUGCCCUCCAGAGUAGGAGUGUACCUGGAUCCCAGUGCAGGUGUUCUGUCCUUCUACAGCGUCUCUGACACCAUGACUCUCCUCCACAGAGUCCAGACCACAUUCACUCAGCCUCUCUAUGCUGGAGUUAAUGUUUAUCCUGGAGCCACAGCUGAGUUCUGUAAACUCAAAUAG